GGAAAACACUACCAGAGAUUUGCUUUUGUGUUCUUCUUCAGAUUUCGGGACCUUAAUAGACUGGGAGAGGUCAGCUUGGAGGAAAUGAUUCUUCAUAAAUAUCCAUAUCUGAAGAAUCAGAUUGAAAAUAUUUUACAAGAUCCGGAGAGACUUCUGUUUAUAUUUGACGGCUUAGAUGAAAGUGUUGAAAUAGAUUUCAGAUCAUUUAGCGUGUGUACCUAUACCGAUCGUAGAACACAUUUUGGUGAGAUUGUGACCAGUCUGGUAAAACAGAGUCUUCUUAAGGGUUGCUCUGUACUGAUAACCAGCCGCCCAACCAGACUGACAUCAGUUAAUACUGAUGAUUUCCAGAGAAUAACUGACAUCAUGGGAUUUCUCCAUGGAGACAGACUAAGCUUUUUUAAUAAUUUCUUUGGAAAUAAGGAAUUAGCAGAAAAGGCUUUUCAUUAUGUGCAGGAGCAUGACACACUGUACACUUUCUGUUAUAUCCCAUCAUACUGCUGGAUCAUCUGUACAGUGUUAUCAAUCUGCUUCAAAGCCCAUUUGACACAAGGCUUUGUGAAUUUUGUUUCGAACAUUCUACCCAAAACAGUGACACAACUCUUUGUGACUUUUGUCUCCAACAUUCUGGCCAAUCACAGCCAGAAUAAAGAUAGUGGUCACACUGUUUGGGAACUGCUGACAUCUAUUGGGUUGAUGGCAGAACAUGGAGUCAUGAAUCACAUGAUUGUAUUUGAUGAGCGUCAUCUGGACUCAUUUUUGGUGUGAGAAAUGAUAAACAUGUCUUUUCAUCUUUCAUGAUGGAGUCUGGUCAGCCUCCUGGUGUGGAUUACACCUUCUUACAUCUCACGCUUCAGGAGUUUUUUGCUGCUUUAGUCCAUUUUAUUAACUAUAAUCCUCAAAGAUUAAAGGAAACACUUGAUGAGGUAAACCAUUGCAAAGACGGCCGUGCUGAAAUAUUCCUCCGUUUCCUUUGCGGUCUCUCUGACUCUUCUACUAGAUCAAUGUUAAAGUCUCAUGUGGGAGAAUUGUCUACUCAGGCUGCCAGACAUGUCAUAACCUGGAUUCAGGAGAAAAUUGCAGAACAAAGAUCUGAGAAAUCAAGAAGAGGCACCAGAGAGCUUCUUGAUGUAUUCUACUGUCUCCAUGAGACCAGGAAUAAGGCUCUGGUGUCACAAUGUGUUGGAGCAAUCAAACAUGUUGACUUUUCUGGUAUCCCCUUCAGCCCUUUGGACUGCUCUGUGCUGUCUUUUAUCCUUCAAUCCUGUAAAGAGACAGAAUUAAACCUAAAUUUAUGUAAUAUUCAGAGUGAAGGAUUGAGGAAGCUUAUGCCAGCUCUACACAUUAUCAAAAGUUUGAGUUUGGAAAGAAAUCAUCUGACAGACAGUUCCUGCCCCCACCUGGCAUCUGGAAUAAGAAAUAACCAGACAAUGAGGACACUGAAUGUGUCUGAUAACUAUCUGGAGGGUCCUCAUUUCAGUGAUCUGAUGGCAGCUCUGACAACAAGCUGGAUAGAGAGAUUACAUUUGUAUGCCAAUCACCUGACACACAGUUCUUGCCCCCACCUGGCAUCUGGAAUAAGAAAUAACCAGAAACUGAGGAUACUGGACCUGUCGAAGAACAAUCUGGAGGGUCCUCAUUUCAGUGACCUGAUGGCAGCUCUGACAACAAGCCAGAUAGAGGAAUUACAUUUGGUUGGAAAUCACCUGACAGACAUUUCCUGCCCAGACCUGGCAUCUGGAAUAAGAAAUAACCAGACACUGAGGAUACUGAACCUGUAUGAGAACAAUCUGGAGGGUCGUAAAUUCAGUUAUCUGAUGGAAGCUCUGACAACAAGCUGUAUAGAGGCGUUAGAUUUGCGUUCUAACCACCUGACAGACAGUUCCUGCCCCCAUCUGGCAUCUGGAAUAAGAAAUAACCAGACACUGAGGACACUGAACCUGUCCUGGAACAAUCUGGAGGGUCCUCAUUUCAGUGAUCUGAUGGCAGCUCUGGCAACAAGCUGUAUAAAGGAGUUAAAGUGAGUAUAACAGAACUGACUGACACAAUAA